AUGUUCGUCCUACCUCCUCCACCACGCUAUCCCGUCGGAGGCUACCCGGGCGUGCAGCCGGGCCAGCUUAUCGAGACCAACAACAGCAUCACCCAUCCCACCGGGCCCGACUAUCAGUUGGUCGUGGGAGAAGGUACCUAUGUGCUGCGCGACGACCUCCAUCUAGCUACGCCCCCACCGCAUCCGUCAGAGGCCCCCAUCCAUAACCCGAACCCUCUUGCGACCACGGUAUCUCCCCCGACAACUGGCACAAAGCUUUCGCUGGUCGCCCUCGCGCCCCGCCAGCCCUCGCAGUCGCAACUCUAUAGAUUCGGCACCCGCACGAGCACCCGGUCGCAAGUUCCCCCGAGCAUACAGGAAUCGCCCCACGAAACAAACAGCCAAACGAGUGAUGUUGGUUCAUAUGGCGCCAAUGGCAUCGCUUCAUCCCCGCUGGAUGGUCUGAAGACACCAGUGUUCGGAGAGGGCAAUACGGCGUUGACAGUAAUCAAUGGCAAGGACUCCAAAGAUCCGUCCAAGAGGCGCAAACCGAAGAGCAAUAUUGUUAAGAGCAAUUCUUCCUUCGUGUCCAGGGUCAUCCCCCAUGAGGCUCUGACAAAGCGAUUACAAGAACAUAACCCUAAUGGCCUCUACGCUUUCGCCAAUAUCAACCGCGCAUUCCAAUGGCUGGACUUGACAUCGCCUACAAAGGAAGAACACAUGACCAAGAUCCUCUUCACCAAAGCGCACGCACUCUGUCACGACAUAAACCAAAUCACAAAAGGGCCAAAUCAUCUUGACAUCAUCAUGGGUUUCUCCACGGGCGACAUAAUAUGGUACGAGCCAAUGUCGCAAAAGUACGCGCGCAUCAACAAGAACGGUGUCAUCAACGCGACCGCUGUGUCUGACAUACGGUGGCUACCGAAUAGCGAGAAUCUGUUCCUCGCAGCACACAUGGAUGGAAGCCUGGUGGUGUACGACAAGGAAAAGGAGGAUGCUGUCUUCGUGCCCGAGGAAAUCACAUCACCGAGCGAAAACGGGCUAACCGAUGGGGAGAAGAAACUGAAAGCUCUGUUGACGAUCAAAAAGUCUGUCAACUCUAAGAACCAGAGAACGAACCCCGUGUCCUACUGGCAAGUCUCCAGGUCCAAGGUCAAUGCUUUCGAGUUCUCGCCCGACCGACGUCAUCUUGCCGUCGUGUCCGAGGAUGGGUCCUUUAGAAUUAUGGAUUUCCUUCGCGAGAAGCUGCUCCACCACUACAUGAGCUAUUACGGCGGGAUGAUGUGCGUCUGUUGGUCGCCCGACGGCCGCUAUGUCGUCACCGGAGGACAGGAUGAUCUUGUCUCUAUAUGGUCUUUGGAGGAGAGUAUGCUGGUUGCACGCUGUCAAGGCCACAAUUCGUGGGUGACGGCAGUGCAGUUCGAUCCAUGGCGAUGCGACGAGCGCAACUAUCGGAUUGGUAGCGUAGGAGAGGACUGUCGCUUGUUGCUGUGGGACUUCAGUGUCGGCAUGCUGCACAGGCCUCGAGCAGCAUCUGUGCGACAGCGCGGUAGUAUUGCCUCGUCAAACCUCAAGAUGCAGCGCACACAGACAGGAAGUUCGAUGAACCGACUGAGAUCGAAUUCUAAUCUCACAUCGGGUAGCAUGUUGGAUGAAGAAGAAGUGGUGCAUCGCGUGGAGCCUCGGGCACGCACGGCCAUGCUACCUCCAGUGCUGGCAAAAGCCGUCCACGAGCACCCACUGUGCUGGCUAGGCUUCGAAGAGGACUGUAUCCUAACAUCAUGCAAAAACGGUGAGUGGCAUCAGCAAAAGUUUUCGUCUCAAUCACCUCAUAUCCACCCGUUACGCGCACGUUGUACACUAGAGGGACGUGAUCUGCGAUAA